UGGAGAAGGCGGAUCCUAUAACGUCGCCGUCAAGCUGCACGGCUGCGUCAGAGUCCAGCUGAGCGAAGGAAGAAGGAAACCAGGAAUAAAAAGGAAAGCGGUUCUGACAGGCCGGGCAGAGCGGACGGAGAGUGUCAGAGAGACAGACCUGUGUCGUGCACACCGCGGACAGACGGACAGACAUGGAGGGCUCCACGGAGGAACAAUACAAAGAGAAAUUAUUAUGGACCGUCAAACGAGAGGUGAAGCAGAUUAUGGAGGAAGCGGUGACUAAGAAAUUUGUCCACGAAGACAGCAGCCACAUCAUUGCUCUGUGCACUGCCAUUGAGGCCUGCCUGGGUCACCUGCUGAAGAGACGGGCAGCUGGUUUUCUCCGCAGUGACAAGAUUGCAGCCCUCUUCACUAAGGUCGGCAAAGUCUACGACACCGCCAGUGAGGUUUGCCGCAAAGUGCAGGAGCAACUCCAGCAGCAGGCUGAUCUCACCAGAAGAACCCAGAGCGUGGGACACGAACCUCUCAGGAGGCAGGGCUCCUCGACCACCAGCCGCCCCCCUCAGCCGCUCUCUGCCCAGGCCAUUAAACACAUCUGGGUCCGAACGGCACUCUUCGAGAAAGUUCUGGACAAGAUAGUGCAGUACAUCGUGGACAACUCCAGUAAAUACUAUGAAAGGGAAGCUCUGAUGCAUGACUCAGUGUUUGGGCCCAUCUUGGCAGCCCUACUGGUGGGGCCCUGUGCACUGGAGUACACCAAGCUGAAGACGUCUGAUCAUUUCUGGACAGACCCGUCAGCCAACGAGCUGGUUCAGCGCCACCGUAUCCACGGGGCCCACCGGGGCCAGGAUGCCUCGGCUGGCCGCCGGCCUGCUCUUGGGAUCCACAAAAGGCAGUCGAGUGGAAGCAUGUCAGAAGACAGGUUUGCUGCGUCAGCCAGGGAGUAUGUGGAGUCUCUUCAUCAAAACUCAAGAACACACCUUCUUUACGGGAAAAACAACGUCCUGGUGCAACCGAAGAAGGACAUGGAGGUGUUGCGGGGCUAUUUGUCACUCCACCAGGCUGGGGAUAACCUCACCCUCAAGUGGACGCCCAACCAGCUCAUCAACGGCACACUGGGAGACUGCGACCUGGAAAAGAGUAUCUACUGGGACUAUGCACUGACUGUUCCUCUACGCCAGAUAGUCUGCAUCCACUGUCACCAACGGCCUGAUUGUGGUGGUACGCUGGUUCUGGUCAGUCAGGAUGGGAUCCAGCGGCCACCCCUACACUUCCCCCCUGGUGGUCACCUCCUGGCCUUCCUCUCCUGUUUGGAAACCGGCCUCCUACCGCGGGGUCAGCUUGAGCCCCCCCUCUGGUCCCAGAAAGGCAAGGGAAAAGUGUUCCCUAAACUUAGGAAAAGGAACAGUACUGCCAGGCUCAUCGACCAGGACAGGAAUGGUGAGGAGCAGACAGCUGCUGACUACGUGUUUCGCAUCGUCUACCCUGGAUAUCGAUACGAUGCCAUCACCAUAAACUACCACCACACCACGGGCAGCCGCGCUCCGUCGCUGGACGAUGACGAGGAAGAGGAAGAUAGGCUCCAUGCUAUGAUCUCAAUGAUCUGCUCGCGGAACCUCACAGACCCUAAUGUCAUGAAAGACCAUGGAGAGAUGAUGGAGAUGCAGGGUUUCGGAAGCAGCCCAUCAUCGUGGCAACAGACUGAAGUAACCACUCACGAGUCCCUGUGCCAAUCCUGCUCCAUGGCUGGUAGCAAUGUGUCGUUUGACUAUCCAGCUGGCUGUACCUGCAUCCAUGACCCAUCAGACAUUCACACUGUUCCUCUUAAGAUGCUCUGCCAGAACAUGAAGAGGCAGAUAGUUUCCAGGGCCUUUUAUGGAUGGCUGGCCUACUGUCGACACCUGUCCACUGUGCGGACUCACCUGUCAGCUCUGGUCAACCACAACAUCGUCCCUCCAGACAGACCCUGCGAGGCGUCUGGAGGCCUCAGCAAAGAGGUGUGGAGCAAGUACCAGAAAGACUGCAAGAACUAUAAGGAGCUGGAGCUGCUGAGGCUGGUUUAUUAUGGCGGAGUGCAGCACGAGAUCAGGAAGGAGGUUUGGCCCUUCUUGUUGGGACACUACAAGUUCGGCAUGGGCAAAAAGGAUAUGAGCCAGAUUGAUGCAAAGAUCAGCGAGCGCUACCAGCAGGUGAUGCGGGAGUGGAAGGCCUGCGAGGUGAUCGUCAAGCAGAGGGAGAAGGAGAUGCAGUCGGCCAUCUUUGCCAAGCUCUCAUCUGGCAGCAGCAUCGACAGUCACGUCCUGCGACUGGUUCACAGAGACUCCACACUCAGCAACGAGGUGUUCAUGUCAGUGGAUGAGCCGGACGCUGGGAGCCAGGAGACCCCCAGUGGAGAGGACAGUACUCCCACCAUGACCACCAUGGUCCCCUCUGCAGCCCUCCCCCAAGAGGAGCGCCCUCUGGUGGAGUUUGACUCCCCCGACUCUGGGCUGCCCUCCUCCAGAAACUACUCAGUGACCUCUGCUCAUUCCCAGAUCCUGUCAAGCAUAGAUGACGGUCAGAGCACAGAGGAGGAAGGGGGGAUCGGGGAGGAGGGCAGGACUCCGGGUGUGCUGGGGGGGCGUCAGGACUCUCUGACUGAGGACAGACUGUGCAGUCAGCUGGACAAGCUGGUGACCAAUGGAGCAGCUGCUGAGGGGGUUUCACCUUCACUCUCCUCAUAUACGAUCGAGCUGUUGGACACAGUCGCCCUCAACCUCCACAGGAUAGACAAAGACGUGCAGCGCUGUGACCGCAACUAUUAUUACUUCACCACAGCCAACCUGGAGAAGCUACGCAACAUCAUGUGCAGCUAUGUGUGGGAACAUUUAGAGAUGGGCUACGUUCAGGGCAUGUGUGACCUGCUCGCUCCCCUCAUGGUCAUCCUGGAUGAUGAGAGCCUGGCGUACAGCUGUUUCACUCAACUAAUGAAGAGGAUGAGUCAGAACUUCCCUAAUGGUGGAGCCAUGGACACACACUUUGCCAACAUGAGGUCACUGAUCCAGAUCCUAGACUCUGAGCUGUUUGAACUGAUGCAGCAAAACGGAGAUUACACUCACUUCUACUUCUGUUACCGCUGGUUCCUGUUGGACUUCAAGAGAGAGCUCCUGUAUGAGGAUGUGUUUGCGGUGUGGGAGGUGAUCUGGGUGGCUCCCAGGAUUUCCUCGCAGCACUUCGUCCUCUUCCUGGCCUUGGCCUUGGUCACUGUGUACCGCGAGAUCAUCAUGGACAACAACAUGGACUUUACUGACAUCAUCAAGUUCUUCAACGAGAUGGCCGAGCGUCACGAUGUCCAGCACAUCCUGAAGAUAGCACGUGAACUGGUGCACAAAGUCCAGUCUCUGAUGGACAACAAGUGACCAUAAAAGAGGAGGAGGAGGAGGAAUGGAAGGAUGCAGAGGGAGAGAGUGUCCCACCCUACAGGACACUCAGCUCCUCCUCUCAUCCCUCACAGGGUGUUUCUAGGCCUCCAUCCAACCAGAGCAGGUCCAGGGGGGUCCAGGUCUCCUCCCUGCCCAGAUGAGGACUCUGGGAGUGGGGCAGAAGUGCUGCAAGGGCGGCCUGGCUCUGGAGCUCAGCCUCGAUCUGUUUACAUUUCCCUUCACAUGGAAUGCCCAUGGUGUCCGUUCAGACAUGUGGAUUUGUCUGCAUGCUUGUGAGUUUGACCACACUGUGAACGCAUUCUUAAGUCUCCCCAGUCCUCCAGAGCUUGUGUGCGUGCAUGAAAACACACAUACACACACACACACAUACACUCCAAAACAACAUUGGCUCUAUCAGUACACCAGUUUUGUAGAGUCUCGCCCCUUUUCUUGCCCUCUGAAACCAAACAUGUUGGAUGCCUGUCAGUGGAGGAGUACUGUAGGAAGGCUGAAGCAUUCCAGUGGAGGCCACUAGAGUGGAGAUUUACACACAACAUAGUGAGAGGAGCAGAAGACUUAGCCACGAAGAAGUUUUCAUUAGUGACCAAAUGGACUGUGCCAACUACCUUUUCACGAGUGUUUUCUACAACAAGCAUGUAUGUUUUUACCCCUCAGUCCACAUUCUUUUCUUUUUGUCCAAGUCUUCAUUAUCACACAAAGGUUGCCUUUAUCAGUAACAGCCCAAGGUACUUUGUUGCACUUUUUGCAAGGGUUUCCUUCAUGGUGUCUGUGAAGGCCUUCAGCUGUGUGGGUGGAGGCUGGAGGCACCACAGGAGGGCCAAACUGUUGAGAAAGUCCGGAUGAAUUGCAGCCAACUUUUCAGUGCAUGUUAGUCAGCGGUUUGGCAUGUUUAAUCCUCGUUCCGAGACAGCGGGAGAAAAGCAGCAGCAGAGCACAACACUAGAGACAAAAGCACACACACAAAACACAAAACUACCAUUGUGGACACUGAGGUCAUGUCCUCUGUAAUAUUACAGUGAGUUUGGGGCGUUUAAUGACCUGAGGAAGAGUUUACAUUCUAUGAUUACACACAUAUUACACAUGUUAGCUUUUUAAGUAUUUGAAGUAUUACUUAUUCUGGUAUUUUUAGGAUAAAUAUAUUAAAACUGGGCUAUUUUUGCCAAAAAUAAAUUAAAGUGAAUGGAUUUAAUGUGUGGCAGUGUGAACACAGCUUUAAAAAAAAAACUUCUUGAAUUUCUUAGCUGGGUAAAUUGCACUGGGGAAUAAUUAAAAUCCUGGCUAUGGGCUUGAUCCAGUUAGCUUCUACAAUAUCAUCACAGCUUUUAGAGGACAUGAAGCAGAUAAACACAGUGUCAGUCACUGCUUCAUGUCCUCUUAAACUUUUGAAAAAGGGACACGUUUGAAAAGAUGAAACUGUCCAGUUAAUGAAGUGUUAGAUUCAAAGCUGGUUAGAAGAACAGGCUGAGACAAAGUGGGUAUAAGAAAAUGAAAAAUCCAACACUUGAUCAUAAAAUAACUUCUAGAAUGGAAAGAAAGCAACAGGUUGAUGAUAUUUACUUGUGUCUGAAGGUGGAGUUUUCAAUAAAGGAUAAGGCUGGGGUUAUUCUAAAGUUUUCUUAUUAUCAACAAAUUCCAUGAAAAGACCAAAUGCAACAAUAUGCAAGUCCAUCUCUCAAUACAUCCUGACUGGUUCCUAUGGAGGGCUUAAAUCUUUAAAGCUGCACCACUGAAUCUAUUUUAUAUAUAAAGAGUGAAUUAAAUGACUGUGUGUAAUGUGAGAGGAG